CAUCCCGCCCCCAUCUGAGGUGACGGGAAAGGGCUGGGGAAUUUCCACUUCUGAUUAAAAGGACUGCUUAAGUAAUGACCCGCAAGAGUUAGUAAAAUUUGGAGUUGACUCCACCCUGCGCUUGGUGAAGCUUAUAUGUCAAGGAUUCUAGAGGCAAAAAAGUAACGCAGCUCCCACCUGUCGCUCUCCGCCGGGCGCCAAGGCUAAUGGCUGGAGAGAAAAUGCACGGGGAUUGGAGGACAGAAGCUGUCAGUCUCAGCGAAACUCCACCCUCCUGCCUUUACCUGGUUGGAAGCGCGGAGAGUCAGUCACCCCAGCGUUGGACGCUUCUGUUACAGGCAAAAAGGUGAGCUUCUGACAAGGUGAAGAUGACACCAGUGGAGACUCCUGGUAUGGAGCAGGAACUGUCCAAGGGACCAGGCCCCGGCAGUCACAAAGCUACAGCCCGAAAGGCAUAUGGGGAUAGGUAGGAACCGCUCCCUGCCACCUGCCGGUCAGCAGCCCUACCCACAGUCAGGCGGCGGCCACUUUGGCCUUGUCCCAAAAAAUGUGAGCGCCGCCCCGCUCCUCCCGCCCCCUUCCUCCGCCGCGCCCUCAGGGUCCGGGGCUGAGCUGCUGGCGCCGCGAGCCGGGCGAGCUUCCCAGCCUGGGGGUUGGGGGGCGGCGCCGGGCUGGGCGGAGCUUCGGCGCCUCCGGGAGCCUUAUUCCCGGCCGCGCGCCGGGGAGCGCUCAGUCUGCUGUAGGAGCUGUGGCCGCACGCGGCUGGCGGGCCUGACACGCCGGGGUUCGGGUGGACGCACGGACCGGCGAAGUGAGCAGACAGACGCACAGUGGCCACGAGCUGCGCGCAGGUCCCAGCCAAGCUUGCACCCAGAGGCAGGCAGAACACGGUGCCGGCCGAAUCUCCUGCGCUCCGCCACCCAGCUCCCGUGCCAGCGCCCAGUGGCCACCGCCUCCACUCGGUCCGGGAUCAUGAAGCUGCUGCCGUCGGUGGUGCUGAAGCUCUUUCUGGCUGGAGUGUUCUCGGCUCUGGUGACUGGCGAGAGCCUAGAGAGGAUGCGGAGAGGACUGGCAUCUGGAACCAGCAACCCAGACCCUCCCACUGGAUCUACGGACCAGCUGCUACCCCCCGGAGGCGGUCGGAACCGGGAAGUCUUGGAAGAGGCAAAUCUGGACCUUUUCAGAGUUGCUUUUUCUUCCAAGCCACAAGCUCUGGCCACACCAAGUAAGGAGGAGCGUGGGAAAAGAAAGAAGAAAGGCAGGGGGUUAGGGAAGAAGAGAGACCCAUGUCUUCGGAAAUAUAAGGACUUCUGCAUCCAUGGAGAAUGCAAAUAUGUGAAGGAGCUCCGGGCUCCAUCCUGCAUCUGCCACCCAGGUUAUCAUGGAGAGAGGUGCCAUGGGCUGAGCCUACCAGUGGAAAAUCGCUUGUAUACAUAUGACCAUACAACCAUUCUGGCUGUGGUAGCCGUGGUGCUGUCAUCUGUCUGUCUGCUUGUCAUUGUGGGGCUUCUCAUGUUUAGGUACCACAGGAGAGGAGGUUAUGAUGUAGAAAAUGAAGAGAAAGUGAAGUUGGGCAUGACUAAUUCCCACUGAGAGAGACCUGUGCUCAAGAAAUCAGCUGGGGACUGCUACCUCUGAGAAGACAUAAGUUGAUUGCAAAUUCUGCAGAGGGGAUGGACUUCACAGAUAGUCAUGAAGAUUCUUUGGUCCCCAUUUGCUGUCUAGAUUGGGCCUCCCAUAAUUGCUUUGCCAAAAUACCAGAGCCUUCAAGUGCCAAAUGGAGUAUGUGUAAUGGGAUCUGAGUCAGAAGAAAGCAAAAGCAAAAGACCUUCAUGCCCUUCUGAUUUCCUUCCACCAAGCCCCACAUCCCUCUAUACAUUUUUAAAAAUACUUUCUUCUGGAUUUUUAACUGGAUGCCAGUUAAAUUCCAUAUGCUCCAAGAUCUUUGAAAAAAAUAAAUGAAGAGCAAGAAGAAAAGAUCUGCGGACUGGAAGAAAGCAACAAAAAUUGAAAAGCCAUGUACUCAAGUAGCCACCAAGGGAUUUGCCAUUUGGACCUUGCGGUGCUGGAUUUGAUGAGCUAACUGUGAAAUACCACAAGCCCGAGAACUCUGAAUUUUGGGACUUCUACCCAGAUGGAAAAGUAACAACUAUUUUUUGUUUGUUUGUUUGUUUGUUUGUAAAUGCCUUUUAAAUUAUAUAUUUAUUUUAUUCUAUGUAUGUUAAUUUAUUUAGUUUUUAACAAUCUAACAAUAAUAUUUCAAGUGCCUAGACUGUUACUUUGGCAAUUUCCUGGCCCUCCACCACAUAUCCCUACCAUCUGGCUUACUGCCAUCCUCCCUUGCUGCAAAGCUGAGAUGGCUCUAUGACCCAUCCAUAGUAGUUUAUUGUCUGUCCACAUUUCUGAAAAUCUUGCAUGAUGAGACUCGAGGGAGUUCUGUAUGGUCAUAACGUAGGGGUUAACAUGGUCAGAGCCACUCUAUGAGUUGGACUGCAGUCUUGCCUAGGCAAUUUUGUCUACCGUUUGUGUUUUGAAAGCCCAAGGUGCUGAUGUCAAAGUGUUUCCUUGUGUCCUUUCCCUGCCAAAUCUCAGUAGAGGUUUGGCUUCCAUGCCUCAGCUUUCCUGGUCUCUCAACCCCAGGACUCCAGGCCCACUGAGUGGGAACUCAAACUCCCUUGUGUCAAGACAUUUCUCUUAUUCUUGCCAUUCUUCUGGUGCUACUCCAUGCAGGCAUCAGUCAGCAGAGGACAGUCUGAAAAAGGUAUUAGCAAAGAAAAAGGCUGAAGAAGAACAAAGAAUGUUCAACUGACCGUUCUUGGUAAUUGAUUACCUUCCAAUUGCUACCGAGAAGAUUGGAGGUGGGAAAGAUCUUUGUGUAAUCCUACCCACCUCACCAAAACUACAAAAGUAUGCUGUCAUGGUCCCUUCUGGAAAUUUCUGGUGCCAUUUUUGAACUGUUACAACCUAUAUUUCCAAACCUGGUUCGUAUUUAUAUUUCACAAUCCAAAUAAAGAUAACCCUUACUCCAUA